AUCGGUCCGGGGAUGAACAGGGUCGUGGAGCAUUAGUAUCUUUGCACCAGCGAUGAACGUUGGCAAUGCAUGACGACAUAUUGAUAAUAAAGGGAAGCACAAAACCCAGUCCAUAUUCAUCUCGUUUACUUAUUAAAGCGUGAUAUGAUUCAGGUAUGCAGAAGCGCUUUACAUGAACGUGUCUGUGUAAUUCUGUCUACAGGCAUUUUGCAACGUGGCUUUAGAAAUGGCAACAACGACAAAUUACAAAUCAUUAAGUUUGGUGUGCGUUUGUGCACUCGUCAUUUCGUUUUUAGCUUCAAAAUGUUGGGUUUUGACAAAGGAGAACACUUAUCUGAUAGAGUUUGUUGACAGCAGGGAUAUAGAUAACAACAACUUAGUAAAAGAGCUCGAGGCCAAACUCGAAGACACGAUCAAGCAAAAGGAGGCGGUAGAGAAGGAGAAGAAUAAAGCGUCAGAAGCAACGGACAAAUUAAACAAGGAGAAAGAUAAAUUAAAUUCUGAAAAGGAGAAAGCAGUUAAAAAGAGAGAUGAAUUACAGAAAGAAUUGGACGAAACAAAGGCGACUUUAGACAAAACGAAAGCUGAACUCGAAGAGUCGAAGAAGAAAGUUGAGGAACCAGAAAAAGCGGCUACAGAUAAGAAGAAAAAGGAGGAGGAAGUAAAGGAAGAAGAAAAGAAAGAGACGUAGCCAGAUGGGAUGAAGAAGUAUAUCCCAUGAAAGGCCUAACACUCAAACAAAUUUCUAAAGGGACUUGUUACAACCGAUAAUCCCGAC